AUGGGAAAAGUGUGCAAAGGUACACGAGCUAACUGGAAUGCUGAGAUGAUGACAGAAGCACUAGAAUUGAUUAGAAAAAGCCAUAGUCCAAGAUAUGUUGAAAAACCUUGCGGUAUUCCACGCACCACCUUGAGAAAUCAUAUCAAAACUGGGGAUGCAAAAAGGAAGCUUGGACAAAGACCUUUAUUAAAUGAAGAACAGGAAGCAGACUUAGAAUCAAUAAUAAUAAGGAUGUCUCGAGUGGGACUCCCAUUAACUCCAAGAACAGUUCGUAGAAGCGUUUUCCGAUUUUGUCAAGAAGCAAAUAUUGGCCACAAAUUCAACAAUGAGAAGGAACUUGCUGGAUUUACUUGGUACAAGUCGUUUCUAAAGAGGCACCCAAACAUCGCCAAGAGGAAGCCGCAGAUGAUGAACAUCACUAGAGCUCAAAAACUAAACCCAACCAUCGUACAGGAUCAUUUUUCCAAAUUAGAUACCGUUUUACGCGAAUUAAAUCUAAAACAUUCGCCCCAAUUUAUUUACAACCUAGAUGAAAAGGGUUGCAGAUUAACUCUGCACCAUGCUCACAAGGUUUUAGCAGAAAAGGGAGAACGCCGAAUUCAUUUACUAGCCAAUGAACAUGCUGAAAACGUGACAUUAGUAGCUUGUGUCAACGCACUGGGACAAGCGGUACCACCAAUGAUUAUUUUCAAAGGUUUAAGAAAAAAGGAUACCUAUUCAGACAACCUUCCCCCUGGUUCCACUGUUCAAAUGUCUGCAAAAGGGAGCAUGACUAGGGAGUUAUUUAUUGUUUGGUUACAACAUUUUGCAAAAUUCAAGCCAGCAGGAAGAGUUCUUGUAGUCAUUGAUGGUGCUUCCUGUCGCCUAGAUAUCUCCAUUGUUGAAGAAGCGGAAAAGUUGGAUGUGUCCUUGUACUGCUUACCAUCAAAUACAACCCACGAAUUGCAACCACUAGACAAGGCUGUUUUCCGAUCCUUUGAACAGUAUUGUGACACCGAACUGCUGAAUUACUGGGAAGCAACAAAUGUUCCUUGCCAAACUCUAAAGAAGGAUAGAUUCGGGAUUGUCUUUAAUAAAGUCUGGCAACAAUGUAUGUCAAUUUCAAACAUCCAAAAUGGUUUUCCAGCAACAGGGAUAUACCCAUUCGACCCAUCAGUCAUCCCAGAAAAUGCCUUUAGUCCGUCACUUCUUACAUACAAACAGCAAGAAACUGAAGCACUGAUUCAUUUUUCUGGUUGUUUCUCAUGGACCAAUGCCAACAAGGAAACCGAUUCUACUACACCAAAGAUAAAGAUACUUAGUUUCAUAACUGUGAAACAGCCUAACCGGUAUAACGCUUCUGUACCGAAGAAAAGUCCAAAGAAAAAAUCAUUUGCUAAGCAGAUGAAAAAUCCUCGAAGGAAAGCAAUCAAUUAUAAUGCCCAGCUAUUAAAAACAGGGUUAUUUAGAAAGGGGACAAAUCCGCCAAUUUAA